CCAGGCUAUGGGCUGGGCCACAGCCCAUCAGUCAUGGAGCAGCCCAAGCCCUGCAGGCACCACUGGUGCUGAUGAAGUGUGUCUUUCAGGUGAACCCGCAGGCAAGGAUGGCCCACGUUGGAGGCUGCAAGAGCACACUCUGGCUCCCCGUCUUGGUGGUGUCUCUGAUGUGCUCCACCAGAGCAGAAUACUCCAACUGCGGAGAGAAUGAGUACUACAACCAGACCACUGGGCUGUGCCACGAGUGUCCCCAGUGUGGGCCGGGGGAGGAGCCCUACCUGUCCUGUGGCUACGGCACCAAAGAUGAGGACUAUGGCUGUGUCCCCUGCCCGGCGGAGAAGUUUUCCAAAGGAGGCUACCAGAUAUGCAGGCGCCACAAAGACUGCGAAGGCUUCUUCCGAGCCACCGUGCUGACACCAGGGGACAUGGAGAAUGACGCUGAGUGUGGACCUUGUCUCCCUGGCUACUACAUGCUGGAGAACAGACCCAGGAACAUCUACGGCAUGGUCUGCUACUCCUGCCUCCUGGCGCCGCCCAACACCAAGGAGUGCACGGGAGCCACCUCGGGAGUUUCUGCCAACUCCCCCAGCACCUCUGGCAGCACCCUCCCUCCUUUCCAGCGCGCCCAUAAAGCAGAGCUCUCGAGCCAAGGACACCUGGCCACGGCCCUGAUCAUUGCCAUGUCCACCAUCUUCAUCAUGGCCAUUGCCAUUGUUCUCAUCAUCAUGUUCUACAUCAUGAAGACAAAGCCUUCUGCCCCAGCCUGCUGCACCAGCCAGCCCGUGAAGACUGUGGAAGCCCAAGUGAGCAAGGAAGAGGAGAAGACAGAGGCCCCAGACAGUGUGGUGAUUUUCUCUGAGAAGGACGAAUUCGAGAAGCUGACGGCAGCACCAGCAAAGACGGCCAAGAGCGAGAACGACGCCUCAUCGGAGAAUGAGCAGCUGCUGAGCCGCAGCCUGGACAGCGACGAGGAGCCCGCCUCCGACAAGCAGGGCCCCCCUGAGCUGUGCCUUUUGUCGCUGGUCCACUUGGCCAGAGAGAAGUCGGCCACCACCAAGUCGGCUGGGAUUCAAAGUCGAAGAAAAAAGAUAUUGGAUGUGUAUGCCAAUGUGUGUGGAGUGGUGGAAGGUCUCAGCCCCACAGAGCUGCCAUUUGAUUGUCUCGAAAAGACAAGCCGAAUGCUCAGCUCCACGUACAACUCUGAGAAGGCUGUUGUGAAAACGUGGCGCCAUCUCGCCGAGAGCUUUGGACUGAAGAGGGAUGAGAUUGGGGGCAUGACAGAUGGCAUGCAACUCUUUGACCGCAUCAGCACCGCAGGCUACAGCAUCCCAGAGCUGCUCACAAAACUGGUGCAAAUAGAGCGUCUGGAUGCCGUGGAGUCCUUGUGUGCAGACAUACUGGAGUGGGCUGGGGUCGUGCCACCUGCCUCCCAGCCACCCAUUACACCCUGAGGAGCAUGCCUGUGGACUGUCCUCCCUGGGGUGCACCAAGGAUCUAAUGAGGGCUCUGGAGCUGUGAGCAGUGCCAACAGACUGCCAAGAAUCAAGGCUUUUUCUCCUAUGUCACCUAAGGCUUGGAAUGUCUUAGGCUAUUCCAAGGAACAAGAGGAAUGAGGCCUGUCUUCCAAACUAACCAAAGGUAAGAGAUUAGAGCUGGGCUACUCCUAGCUACCCACUGGUACCUCACCAGGCAGAAUGAAUGUUUACUCAGCCGGCCAGUCAGCCUGCCAAGAACUCUGUCAGGGGACAUUGUUGGGUUCUCAAAUGAACCAAACAUGUGGAGACUACAGAGGUGAAGAAUCUGGUCCCUGUCUUUAAGGAGUUUACAACCCAGUGAGAGAGAGAAGACGUGUGCAAACCACUUUGCUAGAAGGCAUCAAGCAAUCUGAAUGAGGAGACGUUAGAAAAUGUAAUGAAAAUUCUGAGAGAGGGAGAUGCCUUCCCACUAGAGCAAUGAAGGAGGGAAUUCUCGUGAAGAAAGGAGCUCAAAAGUUUGGUACAAAGGCCAGAAAAUACAGAUACCCCACUCCAUGUAUUGUUUCAGGUUCAGUACAAGUCUGUUAAUAUCCUAAGUGGCUUCAUUAGGAUAACUUUGCCUGUUCUUGAGGUUUUCCAUGUUCCUACAGCCCUCUAGUCACUAAUUCAAGAGCUCACUCUAUCGCCUUCUUGUGUUACUGAUAUGCAAGUUGUGCAUUUGUCCAAUCAAGCAGACCUGUGUGGUAGCCAAUGACACUUACUGCAUGAGUCCUAGGCCUGGGAACACAAUGGUUUUGUAUUGCACAUGAAUUGCCUUCAACUAUCAUUCUUAGUCAGAUUUGACCCCUUUCGAGCAGCUAUUGCUGCCCAAGGACACAAGUCAUUAAGUUAUGUGUUAGGCUAUUUUUGCUUCAAAGAGAAAUGGGUGGUCAACUCUGCUUAGAAAGGAAAGUGAUGACUUCCUAAGAGGUCAGCCAUGUAUAAUUGUAGAUUUGCAGAGUAUCCAAGUCUUGUGGGUGAGCCUCAUGGGGUGGGGGUUUCACUCCAGCCUCCUGAGCCAGUCAGGGAAAGGGGAGCCCUGCAGUACAGGGAGAGCCUGGGCAUGGAGUCCAGGGACCUGGUUCGAGUUGUGCCAACUUGGGCCAUUUUCUUCUCCCUCCCUAGCCCUCAAUUUCUAUCCUGCAAGUGAGAGCUUAGUCUCUGAUUCUAUAAUCAGGAAAAGUAAGAAUCAGGGGAGCAAAGUGGAAACUGAGCUCUUUGAAAUGCCAGGCCUUCAAAGGCACUCCAUGUGAAUACAGUGUGAGUAUCAAGUAAAAUGGGAAUAAAAACAGAAAAACUCAGAUUGGGAGUGUUCAUAGUAACUGCAAUUGUUUGGCACAUGUUUAGAGAUAAAGUUAAUGAACUGGCAUUGUUAUUGGCAAAUUCUCUCACUACACCUGCAGUUGCCAAGAGCUUGGGAGCCAGGAUGGUGAGCAUCCCGGAGGUUAGAGUUCGCUGCUGAGCUGACAGGGCUGACCGUGGGUGUCACGACAUUAACCUGUCUCUGCCUUGUAAAGCAAUGUUUUCAAAUUGACGAGUCACAUGACUGAGCAACGCCCUGGGGGAGGAAAUCAGUCAUGUCUUUAAAGCCAACAAAGUUUCCCACCAAUGAAUGUAGAACGUACUGUGAUAGGAUCAUGAUUGGGUCCUGAAUAUUUAAUAUCAUCACUUACUUGUCUGUUUGCUGCUGUUUUUCAGAAUCUAUUUGGUAUAUCCUGCGAGCUAAAUACUCCACAGCAAACCUUAAUUAUCCUUUUAAUCCCUCUUUGAAAUCCUACAGUGCCUCUUUCCCCUGCUUUGUGAUAAUGAUGAUGAAAGUCUCCCCUUUAAUUAGACUGCAAAUGUCUCAUGUGAUGAGCAUGCCGUUACAGGAUAACAGCUUGCAGCUUCUUUAGAACAAUGUUUUCAGGGAAGGAACAGGGGUGGCUGUUCUCUGGCCCUGGAGGUUGCCUUAUUUCACGCUGUUAGAAUUCUGGGGCCCGAGAUACAGCCAGCAUUAGACCAUGUUCCAUUGACUCUUAGCCUGCCAUUUUUAGGGAGCUAGUCCUUAUAGACUUACCAAUUCCUUUGUCAUUUACUUAUUUGGAAACAAAUCACGGAAAGCUUUACUCUGAUGAGCUGUAGGCUGCAUUAUGGAAUUCAAAUCAGUGAGACAGUAAUGAUCAUCGCUGACCGAAGCUGGGACCCCACCCUGCUGUUUUAUACGGAGACGGUCAGUAUUUUGCUAUAUUUAAAAACAUUUAGAAACACCCCAGGCUAGAGCUGUGGCCUUAGCAAAUGAAGUUUAAUUGUCAAUAUUUUUG